AAAUACCGCUGUUCGUGAGGAGGGAGAGGUCGGCCAUCUUGAAUAGAAUGACUGAUCAGUGACCGCUAUAGUGUUCCAGAUCUGACUGAAUAACAGAGCGUUAGCUACGGCUAUUUGGGCGACACCGGCCCGGUUUUGUGGCAGUCAGACAGUCACCUGAUUUCUGUACCAUGGCAUGUGAACACUGAGAGACCGCGCCACCAUGAUCGGAGGACUUUUCAUCUACAACCACAAGGGCGAGGUGCUGAUCUCGCGCGUCUACCGCGACGACAUAGGGAGGAACGCGGUUGAUGCAUUCCGGGUUAACGUGAUCCACGCACGCCAGCAGGUCCGCUCGCCCGUCACCAACAUCGCACGCACCAGCUUCUUCCACGUCAAGCGCUCCAACAUCUGGCUGGCUGCCGUCACCAAGCAGAAUGUCAACGCCGCCAUGGUGUUCGAGUUCCUCUACAAGAUGUGCGACGUCAUGACCGCCUACUUCGGCAAGAUCAGUGAGGAGAACAUCAAAAACAACUUUGUGUUGAUCUACGAGCUGUUAGAUGAGAUCCUGGACUUUGGUUACCCACAAAACUCUGAGACCGGGGCACUGAAGACCUUCAUCACUCAACAGGGAAUCAAGAGCCAGCAUCAUACUAAAGAAGAGCAGUCUCAGAUCACCAGUCAGGUGACCGGGCAGAUCGGAUGGAGGCGUGAGGGCAUCAAGUACCGUCGCAACGAACUCUUCCUGGAUGUUCUGGAGAGUGUCAACCUGCUCAUGUCACCGCAAGGUCAGGUGCUGAGUGCCCAUGUGUCAGGCCGUGUGGUUAUGAAGAGCUACCUGAGUGGAAUGCCCGAGUGCAAGUUUGGCAUGAAUGACAAGAUUGUCAUCGACAAGCAGGGCAAAGGAGGCACUACUGAUGAUGCGGGCAAGAGUAGCGGGAAGCAGUCUAUAGCCAUCGACGACUGCACCUUCCACCAGUGUGUGCGACUCAGCAAGUUUGACUCGGAGCGCAGCAUCAGCUUCAUCCCACCGGAUGGAGAGUACGAGCUCAUGAGGUAUCGCACCACUAAGGACAUCAUUCUGCCGUUCCGUGUCAUUCCUCUGGUAAGAGAGGUGGGACGCACCAAAUUGGAGGUGAAGGUGGUCAUCAAGUCCAACUUCAAACCGUCACUUCUGGCCCAGAAGAUUGAGGUGCGCAUUCCCACCCCGCUCAACACCAGUGGUGUGCAGGUGAUCUGCAUGAAGGGAAAAGCCAAGUACAAGGCCAGUGAAAACGCCAUCGUGUGGAAGAUCAAGAGGAUGGCUGGUAUGAAGGAGUCACAGAUCAGUGCUGAGAUUGAGCUGCUGCCCACCAAUGACAAGAAGAAGUGGGCUCGUCCACCCAUCUCCAUGAACUUUGAGGUGCCGUUCGCCCCGUCCGGACUCAAGGUGCGCUACCUAAAGGUGUUUGAGCCAAAGCUGAACUACAGCGAUCACGACGUGAUUAAAUGGGUCCGCUACAUCGGCCGCAGCGGCAUCUACGAGACCCGCUGCUAACGGCGGCCCCUCCGGCUCAGUCAGGAGGGGAGAGAGGGAUGUGGGGGGGCUUGACGAGGAGAGAUGAGCAAGCGGAGCCUCGCUGGAGGAGGUGCAGAAGAGGCAUUCCCUUCAUCUCUCUCUCCUGCACCUUCCCCUCCUCUUCCACUUUUCCUGUGUUCACACUGACGGUGAAAAACAAAAGAUUUAAAAAAAUAUAUAUAUCAUUGGUUAUUCAGAAAUAAUGUCUAGUGGAGAAAACAGAAAAAGGGUUCAAAAUAAGUUUAGAUAUCUUUGAUAAUAUGACAGCUGCAUUUCGCUUCAUUAUGCAUACUUACUUGCUAUAAGACGAGGCCCCCUUUCCAUCGGGCCCACCCAUUCUUCCUCUUUUUAAGCAUUCCAGACCCCUCGCUGAACGAUUAAUGGAGGAUUUAGGCUCAUUCUCCCUGUUUAACGAUAAGCAGUGAACCUGUGCUUCUGUUCUCAGGCCUCAUCAGGGCUUCGUUUUCCUCUUUCUCACAAGAUGUGUGGUUGUACUUUCUGCUCUGGUGUAGUCAGCUAAACUUCAUUUUUAUUCAUCAGUUCUACUCCCUACCUUUUUUAUUUUUUAUUUUUUUUUUUUAUUAUUAAAUCCUAAUCCCCAAGUGUAUUAGUUAGCUGUUGUCCAUGUUUUGUAGGCAGUGUUUUAUUGUAUGCAUCAAUACUCUUGCCCCAACUUGUAUCACUUAUCCUCUUUCAUUUUCCUCUCUGUCAGUACUUUUCAGAUAUAGUUUUUCAUACGGCUAAUAAUGAGGAAAUGUUGUCUGCUUUGGUCUCUGAUGUUCCACUUUUAUCUGUGUGACCAAAAUUCUCAGAAAUGAGGAACUAUGAAUUUAAAGUACUAUAAGAAAUAAAUCCAGCUGUGUGUCUGUGUGUACAAACUCUAUACACCAUGAAGGGGUAAGAAGUGACCUGCCAGGCUGAAGUUUCAGCUUUGUGGCUGUAGAGGAGGUGUAUUCAGGCUGGUUAUGUGUAUGUAUGUACGAAUGUAUGUGAGAGAGACUCGGGCUCUAUAAGCAGAGGGUCCCCCAACAUCUCUCAGGAAUCUUCUUCCCUCAAGCAUGUUUACCAGGUUGUUUACCAGAGGUUUACGGCAGACCCGUGGGAUUCUUCCCGUGCACUGGGGUGUGCAUCUUCCCAUAUCCCUUCCUCUAGUUUACUCUGAGAUUUUUAUGCCCCAAAUGUGGAGGAACAGCAACGUGUGCAGGCUUGAAGGAAAACAAAAAAAUGGGCUGAAUUUCUUUGGAACUAAAUCAGAGCUCCCGAUUUUCGAGGAAAGAUUUACCAGAAUCUCUUUCAGCCCUGUUUAGAAAUAUUAGAAAGUAGCACUGAGCUGAGUUCUGCUUCUCUCACUCUAUCCUCUCAGUGUGAUUCUCACAAAACAAAAAACACUAUUCAAUAACGCAGUCGAAGUAUAAGGUUUCACCACCUCACCUUGCUUAAACGGCGCUCCUGCAGGAAGUGCCGAUUUCCUUCCUUCUCUGACUGCGAUCGUAAAUCUUCAGCGAUCCAAACGACACUACAUCCUUUCCUAAAAAGAUUUUCUUCACAUGUUCUGCACCUCUCUGAGAGAUGAUGAGGGUCCUGUGGGGCUUGAUCCCUCAGCUUCACUGUGUGCUCUUCAUUUGGUAACUUUGUGAUCGUCCUGUUAAUCCUAAUAAAGAGAAGAAAAAAGAA